AAGCGAGUUCUGGCUGAGAAAUCCCCCGCGCAACGCCGUCGCCACCGUGACAAUUAUGUUGCUCGCGGUUCCCCGACUGUCACAUGUGGUUGCUAUUUUGGGACGCCUUCCAAUCGCGAAUCCGUCGUCGGAUGUGUGCGCACUACCCCCUUUUUUUUUUUCAUGCCCUAUUUGGUUGCCAAAUUCUCUCGUCCCGUGUUUUAUCGGUUGCAUUCUCCGCGCGGAUUCAGUCGUAUUUGUUCAAGGUAAUGGUGCUGCUGCGGAUGCGUUGUUACGGAGCUGGAAUGGGGGUUGAAGAACUGGGGUUCUAAAGGCCUUCGAAUCAAGGUUUUGGGGGGAUAGAGAGAGAGAGAGAGAGAGAGUGUGGGGACAAGGAGGAUGAUCUAGACAGAAGAGUGAGGAAGGGAGGAGAGGAUUGGGUUGCACGUUGCCGAAUGAAGCUUUCAGUCGAGCUGAAUCCAAUCUGGAAUUUUGGCGGUUCAGAAGAAUCCAGUACAUUUUGCGAAGCGAGGUUAAGCCAUGAGUCGCUGAUGAGAAGGGGCAACACAUCCAACAUGUAAGAAAAAGAAGAAUCAUGGUAGCAUUCUGAUAUUUUUGUUGCUCGGAGUAGUCGAUGGUCAUCACACGAUCCGAUCUUCACUUUCAUUGAUUUAUUUCAGGGCUGUUCUGACCGAUCUAAUUGGGUAAGCGGACAGUAAAAUUCAUGACCCGGGAUUCCCGGUUUUUUGAGUUUUAUUUGACGCCGGACUUUUAUCUUUUAUUAUUUUAUUUUUUGAAAACAUGAUUUUAGUGAAAAUAUUGUGAUGGGAAGUGUCAUAGUGAUCUGGGUAAUUCAUCUGUUGUACACGUCUGUUGCUAGCGAACGUGCAGGAAUUUUGUACUUGGUCCCUUUGAAUCUUCCCCAAAGAAUUUCAACUCAGAUGUCAAGUCGCGAUACUCUUGUGGUUGAUUAAUGGGUGGCGUGUUGAGGAGGAGGAGGAAGUUUCUUUGCACAGGACUGGACUUUACCUCCCACCUUUUGAAAUAAGGUCGUUUACGCAGUUGCCGUGGGAAAAGCAACAAUAAUCUAUGGGGGCUCACGUUAGCACCAUCAAAGCGUCAGCCGGUAAGCUUGGCCCUAAAUCCAAGAAGAAGGGUAAUAAAGAGAAGGAAGUGAAAAUUGGCAUACUCGCAUUUGAGGUGGCAAAUAUUAUUUCCAAAAGUAUGCAACUUUGGCAAUCUCUCGGUGACCAGGAAAUUCUCCGGCUACGCACUGAGGUAAUAAAAGGAGAUGGUGUAUUAAAUUUAGUUUCAGACAAUGAAGCUGUCCUAUUAAGCCUAGCAUGUAUGGAGAAGCUGCAAGACUUGACGGCGGUAGCAAGUGCAGUUUCUCGCCUUGGUCAGAAGUGCCAGGAACCGACAUUGCAGGCGUUUGAGCACAUUUACAAUGAUUUGUUAAAGCAUGAUAUUAAUCUGCGAGUUUUUGAGCUACCAUACAAAGAGAUGGAAGCCAAAAUGAAGAAGAUGAUGAGGUAUGUAUCCUCAACUGCCACUCUUUAUCAUGAAUUGGAAGCUCUUGCAGACAUAGAGCAAGCUAUACGUAGACUUCAGGAAGACGAUGAAGUUUCAAACGAAGAAACCUUGAGUACAUUGGAUCAAAAAGCAAUGUGCCAGCGGCAGGAGAUCAAGCAUAUUAGAGAUCUAUCUUUGUGGAACCACACAUACGACAAGAUUGUGAAAUUGUUAGCACAAACCGUAUGCACUAUACAUGGAAGAAUUAUGAAAGUAUUUGGUUCACCUAUGCUUGGUAUAUCGCAUGUAUUUCCAAACCAGCAGAGUGGUCAUUCAUCGAGACCUAUUUGGCAGAGUCGAGAUGCAGGUGUGCAUUCAACGUUGUCAAGUUCACGGUUAUCUUGUCCUCAAACUUUGGGGUCUCUUCAUCACCACUCUUCUUCUCUGCACUUUUCUUCAGUUAGAUUAGAAGUUGUGUCAAGGUCGUUAAGCCCGCAGGAUUCUAAGACCUCAUCCGUAGACAGAGUCCUCGGAAUUGCUGAUCCAGCUGCCAUAUCUGCGAGAGCUGUUUGUGAGUACCGUUCAUCCGCUUCUACGUUUGCUUCAGGUCCAUUGGUUUCACAGAGGAAUUAUAUGAGUAGUAAUCCUGUUAACCCCCGUUCCAGUCCUGCAAGAGGAUCACAAGCUAUAUCACAUUCAGGGCCCAUCCCUAGGUCAGGGCCCCUUGUUGUAGAACCUGCAAAGAUAUUUUCUGACAGGUCUUUGAACGCCAUUCUUCAAACUGAAACAACUGAGGAGUUCACUUCUGCACUUCUUUAUUUUACUAAGCAUAGUAUCAAAGCUGAGCAGGUAAAAGCCCCUUCUCUUAAACAGGUCAGGCAAAACAUUAGGGAGCUGUGCGACCCCAAGAGCCGGCAUCGGAUGGCACCUUGGUCCACGUUAGGAGGAGCUGCACUUGCGUUGCAUUAUGCCAAUGUGAUAAUCAUUCUCGAGAAUAUGAUAAAGCAUCCCCACUUGAUUGCUGAAGAUGCCCGGGAUGAUCUCUAUAACAUGAUUCCUAAGAGUGUGCGAAUAGCUCUGCGGUCAAGGUUACGGGCGAACAUGAGGGCAUGUGAAUUUGGAAAGUAUGAUUCUACAAUUGCUGCUGACUGGAAAGAUGCACUUGAGAGAAUCUUGAGCUGGUUGGCUCCUCUCGCUCACAACAUGAUAAGGUGGCAGUCGGAGCACAAUUUUGAGCAGCAGCAAGUGCUUUCCCGCACUAAUUGCCUUCUCCUGCAAACUCUAUACUUUGCUGACUUGGCAAAGACGGAGGCUGCCAUCACGGAGCUGCUCGUGGGAUUAAAUUAUGUCUGUGGGCACGAGCAGGAAUUGAAGCAAAACAUGGUGAUUAUGGAAGAGUAUGUGCUGGACAAAGAAACGGAAGAUUAUCUUGGUUGACAACUCUAGCCACCUUGAGCUGCUUGGGCUGUGAUGGUUGGCAGGCAUUGAACUUGUAAUUUAGUGUCGAUCUUCAAGAACGGGCUCCAAUAAUUGUAUUUAUACCCUUUUAGUUUUAGCUUUGUCAAAUAUUGAUGAUAGGAUGCAUUCAUGGACGACCCUUUCGCGCUUUGAGAGGAGUUGCUGGUUCCUGGUUAGAUAAUGGCUAGAUUCUAAUAUAGGUCCCUCUCUUCUCUACAUUAACAAUUCUUUUAGAUAACUUUUGUAGAUCGUGAAAAGGCCAGAGAUCUGAUAUUGGAUAAACUCUUUUCAUCAUGACUUUUGACUCUCUACAAUUGGUCAUUUCGUUUGUGUGAGAAACUCCUUUGACGCCCUCAUAACUAAUGUCUAGGUUAUAUGUGGCACUGUAUGUCGCUUAAUUAUGGCCCCUGCCAGAUAUGUAGUUAGCAUUGAUUGGUAGAACAGAUUGGACGAACUUGCAGGGCAUGUGUCCUUACACAUCAAUCAUGCUCAAGCAAACUGGCCAUCUUCAAGUCUUGUGAUAACAAUAAUCUCAACUUCGGAUUACAACCGAAAUCUUGAGCACUGACAAAUUCCUGUACAUAUGUCGACCUCAAGCAAAGUGUUUGAUUGGGUUAGCUUUUACGGCGAUGGAUUCAUGUUUUCGGCUUCAUUACCUCAAGGAACUGUUUAUAUUUUCGAUAUAUCGUCUUGAGCCAGUGUGUGAUCCUGGAUAGUCUGGUAGAUUUGAAGUCGCAUUGUUCGGGUAGAAUAGUGAUAACUUCACUAUUCUGGACCUUUCCAGUUUGAAUCCAUACUGGUUGUGAAAUUUAAGCUAGAUUUGGCAGCUGAGUCCUGCUAUCACCACUGAGUGGUUGAGAUUUAACACCUUAAUUAGUACUUUCUAGACGUCAAGUCUCAGGAAUGAGCUGAUAUGAGGUAGCAACCAUCAGAGGAAUGUUGAGGUGUAAUUUAAGAUAAUAUUAUGAAAGAUAACUUGUAGGUUGCAUCGUCA